CGAGCCCGGCCGGUGCCGAGCCCGCGCCGUGCCCCUCAUGGAGGACACCGGGUCCCUGUUCCCAUCGCUGGUGGCGGCGGGGCACGCGGCAUCCCUCGCCCUGGUCUGGUACUGGCGGCGGCAGCGGGACGAGCCGGGGGGCACCGAUGAGCGAGAUCGUGUCCAGAAGAAAACCUUCACCAAAUGGGUCAACAAGCACCUUAUCAAGGCGCAGCGCCAUGUCAACGACCUGUACGAGGACCUGCGGGACGGGCACAACCUCAUCUCGCUGCUGGAGGUGCUGUCGGGUGACACCCUGCCCCGGGAGAAGGGCCGGAUGCGCUUCCACAAGCUGCAGAAUGUCCAGAUUGCCCUCAACUACCUGAAGCACCGGCAGGUGAAGCUGGUGAACAUCCGCAACGAUGACAUCGCCGACGGCAACCCCAAACUGACGCUGGGCCUCAUCUGGACCAUCAUCCUCCACUUCCAGAUCUCAGACAUCCAGGUGACCGGGCAGUCGGAGGACAUGACGGCCAAGGAGAAGCUGCUGCUGUGGUCCCAGCGGAUGGUGGAGGAUUACCAGGGCCUGCGCUGCGACAACUUCACCACCAGCUGGAGGGAUGGGCGCCUCUUCAACGCCAUCAUCCACCGGCACAGGCCAAUGCUGAUCGACAUGAGCCGGGUGUACCGCCAGAGCAACCUGGAGAACCUGGACCAGGCCUUCACCGUGGCUGAGCGGGACCUGGGUGUGACGCGGCUGCUGGACCCUGAAGACGUGGACGUGGCGCAGCCCGAUGAGAAGUCCAUCAUCACCUACGUGUCCUCGCUGUACGACGCCAUGCCGCGCGUGCCGGAGGUGCAGGACGGCGUCAAGGCCAACGAGCUGCAGCUGCGCUGGCAGGAGUACUACGAGGUGGUGACGGGGCUGCUGCAGUGGAGCCGGCAGCACUCGGCGCUCUUCGAGGAGCGGCGCCUGCCUGCCAGCUACGAGGAGAUCGAGAUCCUCUGGCGCCAGUUCCUCAAGUUCAAGGAGACGGAGCUGCCGGCUCGGGAGGCCGACAAGAACCGCUCCAAAGCCAUCUUCCAGGCGCUGGAGGGCGCGGUGCAGUCGGGCCAGCUGAAGGUGCCCCCCGGGUACCACCCCCUGGACGUGGAGAAGGAGUGGGGGCGGCUGCACGUCGCCGUGCUGGAGCGGGAGAAGCUGCUGCGGGCUGAGUUCGAGAGGCUGGAGCGGCUGCAGCGCGUGGUCACCAAGCUGCAGAUGGAGUCGGGGCUCUGUGAGGAGCAGCUGAACCAGGCGGAUGCUCUGCUGCAGGCGGACGUGCGGCUGCUGGCGGCCGGGAAGGCACCGCAGAAGGCGGCAGAGGUGGAGAGGGCGGACAAGGCGGAUGCCAUGAUCCGGCUGCUCUUCAACGACGUGCAGACCCUCAAGGACGGGCGGCACCCGCAGGGCGAGCAGAUGUACCGUCGCGUGUACCGCCUGCACGAGCGCCUGGUGUCCAUCCGCACCGAGUACAACCUGCGCCUCAAGUCGGGCGCGCCGGUGACAGCGGUGACAUCCGUGGCGGUGACAUCGGCGCAGCAGCGGCGGCCGGAGCCCGACGAGGCUCCCCUGCGCUACCUGCAGGAGCUGCUGGCCUGGGUGGAGGAGAACCAGCGGCGAGUGGCCACGGCCGAGUGGGGCGCCGACCUGCCCACCGUGGAGACACACCUGGGCGCCCACCGCGGGCUGCACCGCGCCAUCGAGGAGUUCCGGGCCAAGGUGGAGCGGGCACGGGCAGAUGAGAGCCAGCUGUCCCCUGGCCCCAGCGGCGCCUACCGGGAGUGCCUGGGCAAGCUGGAGCUGCAGUACGCCAAACUGCUGAACUCCUCCAAGGCACGGCUGCGGCACCUGGAGAGUCUCCACGGCUUUGUCAGCGCCGCCACCAAGGAGCUGCUGUGGCUGAGCGAGCGCGAGGAGGAGGAGGUGGCCUUCGACUGGAGCCACAACAACCCCGCCAUGGCGGCCAAGAAGGAGAGUUACUCGGCGCUGAUGCGGGAGCUGGAGCUGCGGGAGCGGCGGAUCCAGGAGCUGCGGAGCACAGGGGAGCGGCUGCUGCGGGAGGAGCACCCCGGGGCACAGACCCUGGAGGCGUUCCUGGCAGCGCUGCAGACCCAGUGGAGCUGGAUGCUCCAGCUCUGCUGCUGCAUUGAGACCCACCUGAAGGAGAACACCAACUACUUCCAGUUCUUCGCCGAGGUGCGGGAGGCCGAGGAGCUGCUGCGCAAGACGGAGGAGACGAUGCGGCGCAAGUUCAGCUGCGACCGCGGCACCACAGCCACGCGCCUCGAGGACCUGCUGCAGGACCUGGCGGAGCAGAAGGAGCAGCUGGCAGAGCUGGGGGCGCAGCUGGGGGCUCUGUCCCGCCGUGCCAGGACCAUCGUGCAGCUGAAGCCACGCAGCCCCUCGACACCCCUGCAGGGCCGGCCCCCCAUCCAGGCUGUCUGCGACUACAAGCAAAUGGAGGUGACGGUGCACAAGAACGACACCUGUGCCCUGGUGAACCACGCGCAGCCGCAGCAGUGGCGGGUGCUGAGCGCCGCCGGCAGCGAGGCCGUCGUCCCCUCGGUCUGCUUCCUCCUGCCUCCCCCCAACAAGGAGGCUCUGGACGCCGUGCACAGGCUGGAGGCCACCCACCAGCAGCUGCUGGGGCUGUGGCAGCAGCUGCACCAGGACCUGCGCAGCCUCCGCGCCUGGCAGUACCUGACCCGGGACAUCCAGCAGAUCCACUCCUGGACGCACGUCACGUUCCGCACGCUGCCGGCUGAGGAGGUGCGCCAGGUGCUGUCCAGCCUGGAGAGGCACUACCAGGAGUUCCUGCGGGACAGCCAGGACUCGCAGAGCUUCCAGCCCGACGACCGGCUGCAGGUGGAGCGCGACUACAACGCCUGCACUCACAAGUACGAGCUGCUGCUGCGGAGCCAGGAGAAAGGAGAGCAGGACGAGUCUCUGUGCAAGAGCUACAUCUCGCAGCUGAAGGACAUCCGGCUGCAGCUGGAGAGCUGCGAGAGCCGCACCGUGCACCGCCUGCGCCUGCCCCUCAAGGCCGACCCCCUGCGCGAGUGCGCCCAGCGCCAGGCGGAGCAGCAGCAAACACACCUGGAGCUGGAGGGCAUCCAGAAGAACCUGGCCAAAGUCAGCGAGAAGACGGAGCAGGUGCUGGCGCAGCCGGAGCAGGCGGGCUCGGCCCCCGUGCUGCGCUCCGAGCUGGAGGUCACCCUGCGCAAGAUGGAGCAGGUGUACAGCCUGUCCAGCAUCUACCUGGAGAAGCUCAAGACCAUCGGGCUGGUGAUCCGGAGCACGCAGGGGGCUGAGGAGCUGCUCCGCAAGUACGAGGAGCAACUGAAGGACGUGCAGGCAGUGCCGGCCGACCUGGCUGAGCUGGAGGCCAGCAAGGCUGAGCUUAAGCGGCUGCGGGCACAGGCCGAGGGGCACCAGCCCUUCUUCAGCACUCUGGAGACCGACCUGGGCAAGGCCAAGGACGUCAACGAGCGGAUGGUGCGCGGCCACAGCGAGCGGGACGUGGACCUGGAGCGGUACCGGGAGCGGGUGCAGCAGCUGCUGGAGCGCUGGCAGGCCGUGCUGGGCCAGGCCGACCUGCGGCAGCGCGAGCUGGACCAGCUGGGCCGCCAGCUGGGCUACUACAGGCAGAGCUGCGACGCGCUGCGCCAGUGGAUCCGCGACGCCCGGCAGCGCCAGGAGGCCAUCCAGGCCGUGCCCAUCACCGACAGCCAGGCCGUGCGCGAGCAGCUGCUGCAGGAGAAGAAACUGCUGGAGGAGUGUGAGCAGCACAAGGAGAAGGUGGAGGAGUGCCAGCGCUAUGCCAAGCAGUACAUCGACGCCAUCAAGGACUACGAGCUGCAGCUGGUGAGCUUCAAGGCACAGGUGGAGCCGGUGGCAUCGCCGGCCAAGAAGCCCAAAGUGCAGUCGGCAUCUGACAGCAUCAUCCAGGAGUACGUGGACCUGCGGACGCAGUACAGUGAGCUGACCACGCUCACCACCCAGUACAUCAAGUUCAUCACCGAGACACUGCGGCGGCUGGAGGACGAGGAGAAAGCCGCCGAGAAGCUGAAAGAGGAGGAGAGGAAGCGGCUGGCGGAGGUGGAGGCGCAGCUGGAGAAGCAGCGGCAGCUGGCCGAGGCCCACGCCAAAGCCAAGGCACAGGCAGAGGCGGAGGCGCGGGAGCUGCAGCUCCGCAUGCAGGAGGAGGUCACCCGGCGGGAGGUGGUGGCCGUGGAUGCCGAGCAGCAGAAGCAGAACAUCCAGCAGGAGCUGAUGCAGCUGCGGCAGAACUCGGACCACCAGAUCAAGUCCAAGGUGAAGCUGAUUGAGGAGGCUGAGUACAACCGCAAAAAGGUGGAGGAGGAGAUCCGCCUGAUCCGCCUGCAGCUGGAGAGCACCGAGAAGCAGCGGGAGAGUGCAGAGACAGAGCUGCAGGAGCUGCGGGCACGUGCCGAAGAUGCCGAGCGGCAGAAGCGGCAGGCACAGGAGGAGGCCGAGCGCCUGCGCCGGCAGGUGAAGGAGGAGAGCCAGAAGAAGCGGGAGGCGGAGGAGGAGCUGAAGCGCAAGGUGCAGGCCGAGCGCGAAGCGGCCCGGGAGAAGCAGAAGGCAGUGGCAGACCUGGAGCAGCUGCGGCUGCAGGCGGAGGAGGCUGAGCGACGCAUGCGGCAGGCAGAGGCCGAGAAGGACCGGCAGAUCCAGGUGGCCCAGGAGGUGGCCCAGCGCAGCGCUGAGGCCGAGCUGCAGAGCAAGAGGCUCUCUUUCGCUGAGAAGACGGCACAGCUGGAGCUGUCGCUGCAGCAGGAGCAUGAUGUGGUGGCCCAACUGCAGGAGGAGGCCGAGCGGCUCAAGAGGCAGCAGCUGGAGGCCGAGCGCUCGCGGGAGGAGGCCGAGAAGGAGCUGGAGCGCUGGCGGCAGAAGGCCAACGAGGCGCUGCGCCUGCGUCUGCAGGCUGAAGAGGUGGCCCACAAGAAGUCACUGGCACAGGAGGAGGCCGAGAAGCAGAAGGAGGAUGCUGAGCGCGAGGCCCGCAAACGCGCCAAGGCAGAGGAGGUGGCCGUGCGGCAGAAGGAGCUGGCGGAGGAAGAGCUGGAAAAGCAGCGGGAGCUGGCAGAGGGCACAGCCCAGCAGAAGCUGGCGGCGGAGCAGGAGCUGAUCCGGCUGAAGGCAGAGAUGGAGAACGGGGAGCAGCAGCGCCUGCUCCUGGAGGAAGAGCUCUCGCGGUUGAAGGGUGAGGUAAACGAGGCCAUCCAGAGGAGGAAAGAGCUGGAGGAGGAACUGGCCAAGCUGAGGGCAGAGAUGGAGGUCCUGCUGGAGAGCAAGGCCAAGACAGAGGAGGAGUCGCGCUCCAGCAGUGAGAAGUCCAAGCAGCGGCUGGAGGCGGAGGCCAACAAGCUGCGGGAGCUGGCCGAGGAGGCCGCCCGCCUGCGCGCCCUCUCCGAGGAGGCCAAGCGGCAGCGGCAGCUGGCAGAGGACGAGGCCACCCGGCAACGGGCUGAGGCCGAGCGCAUCCUGAAGGAGAAGCUGGCGGCCAUCAACGAGGCCUCACGGCUGAAGGCAGAGGCGGAGAUCGCGCUGAAGGAGAAGGAGGCGGAGAACGAGCGGCUGCGGCGGCUGGCGGAGGACGAGGCCUACCAGCGCAAGCUGCUGGAGGAGCAGGCGGCCCAACACAAGCAGGACAUCGAGGAGAAGAUUGCCCUGCUGAAGCGCUCCUCAGAGAGCGAGCUGGAGAGGCAGAAGGGGCUCGUGGAGGAUACGCUGCGGCAGCGGCGGCAGGUGGAGGAGGAGAUCCGCGCCCUCAAGGCCAGCUUCGAGAGGGCCUCAGCUGGCAAGAGCGAGCUGGAGCGGGAGCUGAACCGCAUCCGUGGGGAGGCAGAGGAGGUGCAGCGCAGCCGGGAGCAGGCGGAGCGGGAGGCUGAGCGGCAGCGGGCGCUGGCGCUAGAGGAGGAGGGCCGCCGGCGCGAGGCCGAAGAGAAGGUGCAGGCCAUCCUGGCGGCCGAGGAGGAGGCCGGGCGGCAGCGGCGGCUGGCCCUGGAGGAGGUGGAGCGGCUGCGGGCCAUGGUGGAGGAGGCGCGGCGGCAGAAGGAACUGGCGGAGAAGGAGUCGGAGCGGCAGAUCCAGCUGGCACGGGAGGCGGCGCAGAAGCGGAUUGCAGCGGAGGAGAAGGCGCACCUGGCUGCCGUGCAGCAGAAGGAGCAGGAGCUGCUGCAGACGCGCCAGCAGGAGCAGAGCCUCCUGGACCGGCUGCGCGAGGAGGCUGAGCGGGCCCGGCGGGCGGCUGAGGAGGCUGAGUUUGCCCGUGGCAAGGCCGAGCAGGACGCCAGCUUGUCCCGGCAGCGCGUGGAGGAGGCUGAGCGGCUGAAGCAGCGGGCAGAGGAGGAGGCGCAGGCCAAGGCACAGGCACAGGCGGACGCAGAGAAGCUGCGGAAGGAGGCCGAGCUGGAGGCGGCGAAACGGGCGCAGGCGGAGCAGGCGGCCCUGAGGCAGAAGCAGCUGGCCGACGCCGAGAUGGAGAAACACAAGAAGUUUGCCGAGCAGACACUGCGACAGAAGGCGCAGGUGGAGCAGGAGCUGACCAAGGUGAAGUUGCAGCUGGAUGAGACAGACCACCAGAAGGGCAUCCUGGAUGAGGAGCUGCAGCGGCUGAAGGAGGAGGUGACAGAUGCCGUCCGGCAGAAGGCCCAGGUGGAGGAGGAGCUCUUCAAGGUGCGGGUGCAGAUGGAGGAGCUGGCCAAGCUGAAGAGCCGCAUCGAGGAGGAGAACAAGGCGCUGAUCCUCAAGGACAAGGACAACACGCAGAAGUUCCUGGCGGAGGAGGCAGAGAAGAUGAAGCAGGUGGCAGAGGAGGUGGCCCGGCUGAGCGUGGAGGCGCAGGAGGCCGCCCGCAUGCGGCAGCUGGCUGAGGACGACCUGGCGCAGCAGCGGGCCCUGGCAGAGAAGAUGCUGAAGGAGAAGAUGCAGGCGGUGCAGGAGGCCACACGGCUGCGGGCCGAGGCUGAAAUGCUGCAGAAGCAGAAGGAUCUGGCACAGGAACACGCCAAGAAGCUGCAGGAGGACAAGGAGCAGAUGCAGCAGCGCCUGGCUGAGGAGACCGAGGGCUUCCAGAAGACGCUGGAGGCUGAGCGCCGGCGGCAGCUGGACAUCACGGCUGAGGCCGAGCGCCUCAAGCUGCAAGUGGCGGAGAUGAGCAUGGCCCAGGCCAAGGCUGAGGAGGAAGCCAAGCGGUUCAAAAAGCAGGCGGAGGAGAUCAGUGAGAGGCUGCAUGAGACUGAGCUGGCCACACAGGAGAAGAUGACGAUGGUGCACACUCUGGAGAUCCAGCGGCACCAGAGCGAUGAGGAUGCCGAAAAGCUGCGGAAGGCCAUCGCUGACCUGGAGAAGGAGAAGGAGAAGCUGAAACAGGAGGCAGCGCUGCUGCAGCAGAAGGCAGAGGAGAUGCAGGUGGCCCAGCAGGCUCAGCUCCGUCAGGAGACGCAGCUCCUGCAGCAGAGCUUCCUGACGGAGAAAGAUGCCCUGCUGCAGAAGGAGAAGUUCAUUGAGGAGGAGAAAUCAAAGCUGGAGAAGCUCUUUAAGGAUGAGGUGAACAAAGCCCAGAACCUGAAGGCAGAGCAGGAGCGGCAGCAGCGGGAGAUGGAGCAGGAGAAGCAGCAGUUGAAAGCUAUGUUAGAGGAAGCCAAGAAACAUCAGAAGGAAGCUGAGGAAAACGUCCGGCACAAGCAGGAGGAGCUACAGCAGCUGGAGAGGCAGCGACAGCAGCAGGAGAAACUUCUGGAAGAAGAGAACCAGAAGCUGAGGGAGAGGCUCGAGCAGAUGCAGGAGGAGUACAAGGCUGCCCUGGCCCAGAGACGGGAGAUCAUGAUCCAGACAGAUGACCUGCCUGGGGAGGCGGUUACGACAACGCAGCUGCUGGAUGUCAAGGCUGUGCCCAAUGGCCGGGAUGCAGUGGAUGGCUUAGCCCAGAAUGGGGAGCCGGAGUUCGCCUUUGACGGCAUCCGGCAGAAGGUGUCAGCAGAGAAGCUGGCUGAUGCCGGCAUUCUGAGCAGGGAGAACUUGGACAAGUUGGCGAAGGGUGUUGUGAGUGUGGGCGAGCUCUCUCAGAGGGAGGAUGUCAAGAAGUACCUGCAGGGCAAGAGCAGCAUUGCCGGUUUGCUGAUCAAACCCUCCAACCAGAAGAUGAGCAUCUACGAAGCCAUGAAGAAGAAGCUGCUCAGCCCAGGCACAGCGCUGGUGCUCCUGGAGGCACAGGCUGCUUCUGGCUUCAUCAUUGACCCUGUGCGGAAUGCAAGGCUCUCGGUGAACGAGGCGGUGCGAGAGGGGGUGAUCGGGCCAGAGCUGCACAACAAGAUGCUGUCGGCCGAGCGGGCUGUCACCGGCUAUAAGGAUCCGUACACAGGUGACAAGAUCUCCCUGUUCCAGGCCAUGCAGAAGGAUCUGAUCGUCAGGGACCAUGGCAUCCGCCUGCUCGAGGCCCAGAUUGCCACUGGUGGCAUCAUCGAUCCUGUCAACAGCCACCGCCUGCCCGUGGAAGCCGCCUACAAGCGUGGCUACUUCGAUGAGGAGAUGAAUCAGGUCCUGUCUGACCCCACUGAUGACACCAAGGGCUUCUUUGAUCCCAACACUCAGGAGAACCUCACCUACCUGCAGCUCAUGGAGCGGUGCGUGACUGACCCCGACACAGGGCUGUGCCUCCUGCCGCUCACUGACCAAGCAGCCAAAGGCAGGGAGCUGGUCUACACCGACAAGGAAGCCAAGGACGUCUUCAAGAAGGCCACAGUGACAGCACCGUUUGGCAAGUUCCAAGGGAAGACGAUGACCAUCUGGGAGCUCAUCAACUCUGAAUACUUCACUGAGGACCAAAGGCGGGACCUGAUCCAGCAGUACAGGACUGGCAAGAUCACAGUGGAGAAGAUCAUCAAGAUCGUCAUCACGGUUGUGGAGGAAAGUGAGAAAAAGAGCCAGAUGUGCUUUGAGGGCCUGCGGGGCCCCGUGCCUGCUGCCGAGCUGCUGGAGAGCAAGAUCAUCAACAAGGACCUCUACAACCAGCUGCACCAGGGCAAGAAGUCCGUAAAGGACGUGGCAGAGAUGGAGUCCGUACGGCAGUACCUGAAGGGCGUGGAUGCCAUCGCUGGUGUCCUGGUGGAGUCUACGGGUCAGAAGCUCACCUUCUACGAGGCCCUGAAGAGAAACCUGCUGAGGCCAGAGGUUGCCCUAUCCCUGCUGGAGGCACAAGCUGCCACCGGCUACAUCAUUGACCCUGUGGGCAACAAGCUCUUCUCCGUGGAUGAGGCAGUGAAGGCCGAGGUGGUGGGGCCGGAGUUCCAUGAGAAGCUGCUGUCGGCAGAGAAGGCGGUCACUGGCUACAAGGAUCCCUACACGGGUCAGACGGUUUCCCUCUACCAAGCACUCCAGAAGGGCCUCAUCCCCAGCGACACUGGGCUCCGGCUGCUGGAUGUCCAGCUUGCCACUGGCGGCAUCAUCGACCCCGUCAACAGCCACCGGCUCCCGCUUGAGGUCGCCUACAAGCGUGGCUACUUCGACCCAGAGAUAAACAAGGCUCUGACUGAGUUCCAAGAUGAAGCCAAGGCUUUCUACUGUCCCAACACCCAGGAACACCUCACCUAUGCCCAGCUGCAGAAGAGCUGCCACCGCGACAAGCAGACUGGCCUGUGCCUGCUGCCCCUGUCCGACAAGGCAAUCCAGUCACAGCAGGAGGAGGUCUACACCGACAGCCAGGCCAAGGAGUGCUUCGACAAAGCAACCAUCGAGGUCCCGGUGGGCAGCAUGAAGGGCCAGACAAUGACCAUCUGGGAACUGAUCCACUCUGAAUACUUCACAGAGGAGCACAGGCGAGAGCUGCUCCGACAGUACAAGACCGGCAAAGUGACAAUCGAGAAGAUCAUCAAGAUUGUGAUCACCAUCAUCGAGGAGGCAGAGACCAAAAAGCAGGAGAAACUGACAUUCAGUGGUCUGCGCGCUCCGGUGCCAGCCAGUGAGCUGCUGGAGUCCUGCAUCAUCAGCAAAACCCAAUAUGAGCAGCUGAAGGAAGGCAAGAAAUCAGUGAAGGAACUCUCGGAGACAGAUGCGGUGAGGAGAUUCCUGCAUGGCAGCGACUGCAUUGCUGGCGUCUAUGUGGAGGCCACCAAGGAAAAGCUGAACAUCUAUGAGGCCAUGAGGAGGAACCUGCUGAGACCCAGCACUGCUGUGGUCCUCCUGGAGGCCCAGGCUGCCACUGGGUUCUUAAUUGACCCUGUGAAGAACCGUAAACUGUACGUCAACGAGGCGGUGAAGGCUGGCAUUGUCGGGCCUGAGCUGCACGAGAAGCUGCUGUCUGCUGAGAAGGCUGUCACGGGGUACAAGGAUCCCUACUCGGGCGAUACCAUCUCCCUGUUCCAGGCCAUGAAGAAAGGGCUGAUUGUCAAGGAGCACGGCAUCCGUCUGCUCGAGGCCCAGAUCGCCACUGGCGGCAUCAUCGACCCCGUGCACAGCCACCGCCUGCCCGUGGAGGUGGCCUACAAGCGUGGCUACUUCGACGAGGAGAUGAACCGGACCCUCUCCGACCCCACUGAUGACACCAAGGGCUUCUUUGACCCCAACACUCAGGAGAACCUCACCUAUGUGCAGCUGAAGGAGAGGUGCAUCGAGGAUCCCGAGACAGGCCUGUACCUGCUGCCUCUGCGGGAGCCUGAGAAGCCAAAAGUGGUGGAAACCACUCACGUGUACACAGAAGCUGAGACACGGAAGGUGUUUGAGGAGACACAGGUGGACAUCCCUGUGGGCAGCCGGGCAGGCUCCUCCAUGUCACUGUGGGAUGUCAUGCACUCGGACCUGCUGCCCGAGGAGCAGCGUAAACAUCUCAUGGAGGAGUUCCAGUCGGGCCGCGUGUCCAAGGAGCGCAUGAUCAUCAUUAUCAUCGAGAUCAUCGAGAAGACUGAGAUCAUCCGGCAGCAGAAUCUCACGUCCUAUGACUACGUCCGGCGCCGCAUCACAGCUGAGGACCUCUUCGAGGCCAAGAUCAUCACACAGGACAUCUACAACCUACUGAAACAGGGCUCCAAAACCUUCCGGGAGCUCCUGGAUGUGGAGACUGUCUGGAAGUACCUUUACGGGUCGGGCUGCGUGGCUGGCAUCUACAUCCCCUCCUCCAAGCAGACUCUCAGUGUCUACCAGGCACUGAAGAAGGGGCUGAUCAAUUCUGAAGUGGCCCGCUCCCUCCUGGAGGCCCAGGCAGCCACCGGCUUCAUGAUCGACCCCACAAAGAAUGAAAUGCUGACUGUUGAUGAGGCGGUCAGGAAGGGGGUGGUGGGGCCAGAGAUCCAUGACCGGCUCCUGUCCGCAGAGAGGGCUGUGACCGGCUACAGAGACCCCUACAGUGAACAGAAGAUUUCCCUCUUCCAGGCCAUGAAGAAGGAUCUCAUUCCCAGCGAAGAGGCCCUCAAGCUCCUGGACGCCCAGAUUGCCACCGGCGGCAUAAUUGACCCUCACUUGGGCUUCCACCUGCCCUUGGAGGUGGCUCUCCAGCGAGGCUUCAUCAACAAGGAGACGUACGACAUGCUGUCGGAGCCCAGUGAGGUGCGCAGCUAUGUGGACCCCUCCACAGAUGAGAAGCUCAGCUACACGCAGCUGCUGAGGCGGUGCCGCAAGGACGAGAACACCCGGCUCCUCCUGCUCCCGCUCUGUGACACACGGAAGCUCACCUUCCGGGGCCUGAGGAAGCAGAUCACGGUGGAGGAGCUGGUCCUUUCGCAGGUGAUGGACGAAGCCACAGCCCAGCGCCUCCAGGAGGGUCUCACCUCUGUUGAGGAAGUCUCUAAGAACCUGAAGAAGUUCCUGGAGGGCACCAGCUGCAUCGCUGGCGUCUUUGUGGACUCCACAAAGGAGCGUCUGUCCAUCUACCAGGCCAUGAAGAAGGGGAUCAUCCGGCCUGGCACUGCCUUUGAGCUCCUGGAGGCACAGGCGGCCACGGGCUACGUGAUUGACCCCAUCAAGGGCCUCAAGCUGACAGUGGAGGAAGCCGUGCGCAUGGGCAUUGUGGGCCCCGAGUUCAAGGACAAGCUGCUCUCUGCUGAGCGGGCUGUCACUGGCUACCGGGACCCCUACACUGGAAAGCUUAUCUCCCUCUUCCAGGCUAUGAAGAAGGGUCUGAUCCUGAAGGACCAUGGGAUCCGCCUGCUGGAGGCGCAGAUUGCCACGGGAGGCAUCAUUGACCCUGAGGAGAGCCACCGCCUGCCUGUGGAGGUGGCCUACAAGAGGGGCCUCUUUGAUGAGGAGAUGAAUGAGAUCCUGCUGGACCCUAGUGACGACACCAAGGGCUUCUUCGACCCCAACACAGAGGAGAACCUCACCUACCUGCAGCUCAUGGAGCGGUGCAUCACGGACCCAGAGACCGGCCUGUGCCUCCUGCCUCUGAAGGAGAAGAAGCGGGAGAGGAAGACCUCCUCCAAGUCCUCCGUCCGCAAGCGCCGGGUGGUGAUCGUUGACCCAGAGACAGGCAAGGAGAUGUCCGUGUAUGAAGCCUAUCGCAAGGGCCUCAUUGACCACCAGACUUACCUGGAGCUGUCAGAGCAGGAGUGCGAGUGGGAGGAGAUCACCACCUCCUCCUCCGAUGGCGUGGUGAAGUCAAUGAUCAUCGACAGGCGCUCGGGGCGCCAGUAUGACAUCGACGAUGCCAUUGGCAAGGGUCUGAUUGACCAGUCAGCCUUGGACCAGUACCGCUCGGGCACCCUCUCCAUCACCGAGUUUGCUGACAUGCUCUCUGGCAACAUGGGUGGCUUCCGGUCGCGGUCGUCCUCGGUUGGAUCCUCCUCCUCCUACACUGUCAGCCCAGCCCUGUCACGGACCCAGAUCUCCAUGUGGACUGACCCAACCGAAGAGACUGGGCCAGUGGCAGGCAUCCUGGACACGGACACUCUGGAGAAGGUGUCCAUCACGGAGGCGAUGCGCCGCAACCUGGUGGACAACAUCACAGGGCAGCGCCUGCUGGAAGCCCAGGCCUGCACCGGGGGCAUCAUCGACCCCAACACCGGUGACAAAUGCACCGUCGCCGAUGCGGUCACCAAGGGCCUGGUUGACAAGAUCAUGGUGGACCGCAUCAACCUGGCGCAGAAGGCCUUCUACGGCUUUGAGGACCCGCGGACCAAGACGAAGAUGUCGGCGGCGCAGGCCCUGAAGAAGGGCUGGCUGUACUACGAGGCCGGGCAGCGGUUCCUGGAGGUGCAGUACUUGACAGGGGGCCUGAUCGAGCCCGAUGCCCCAGGCCGUGUCUCCCUGGAUGACGCGCUGCAGAAGGGCACCAUCGACGCGCGGACUGCCCAGAAGCUGCGGGAUGUCAACACCUAUUCCAAGUACCUCACCUGCCCCAAGACCAAGCUCAAGAUCUCCUACAAGGAUGCCAUGGACCGGAGCAUGAUCGAGGAUGGGACUGGCCUGCGGCUGCUGGAGGCCUCCUCCCAAUCCAGCAAGGGCUACUACAGCCCCUACAACAUCAGCAGCGCCGGCUCCACCUCUGGAUCACGCUCGGGCUCUCGCACCGGCUCCCGCUCAGGCUCCCGGCGUGGCAGUUUUGACGCCACUGGCUCCAGCUUCUCCAUGACCUUCUCUUCCUCCUCCUAUUCCUCCUCGAGUUUCGGGCGCAGAUACACGGGGGGUACCCAGGGCACCGUGGAGGAGGCUGCCCUUGCCCUCGCCCUGGCCGCAUCCAGAAGCUGCGGGUGGGAGGCGAGCAGGGAGUUCCCCGGGGUGUCUGGGCCCCUGCUCCGUGUGGCCUUGCAGCGAGGAGGGGGCUCUGCACCCCGGCCCCCCGAGCUGCCCCAUCUCCCUGCCUUGGCCUCCCGGCACGUCCCCACCACCACGCCGCAGAGCCGGUGCCCUGACCGUAAGUGCCGCGCUGGCGCUGCCCGGUGCUUCCGCGCCCUGCGGGGGGACCUGCCUCCGCUCGCCACUUCGCCCGCCGAGGGGCUUCGCUGCGUGCCCGCCUCCGCCAGCCCACCCGCUCACCCGUCCUCCGGGACGCGCCCGCCGCGGUCGGCCGACGUCUUUUUCCAGUCCCAACAAAGACCUCCCAGUGCCGCUGGGCGAGCUCCUGAGCUGGGUCUCCGACAUCAGCAGGUCGUGGAUGGGCUCAAGGGGAGCCCCGGAGGCGGCAGCUGCUCGGCCGUGCCCACCUGCGCAGAUGUUCCCUGCUCCCCCAGAUAUUCCUUGCUUACCUCCCAACUUCCUGACUCCUCCCCCAGGGUGCACCGUGCUGCAGGGGACACCGGAGAUGCUGUGGAGGGCUCGCCGUGGGACAGGGAGGAGGUGGAGAGAGCCUGCCCACGCUCCGAGCAGAGGCUGGAGGUGCAGGAGCAGCUGCUGGCCCUGCGGCACUGGCUGGACGCCGUGGAGAAGCGGCUGCUGGCGCUGCCAGAGCCCGGCACGGCCCUGCAGGUGUCCUCACGGGCUGUGCCCGUCCCGGAGGAGGCAGCGGAGAGGGACCAGGAGACGCUGGAGCGGCUGCUGGCCUGGGUGGCCGACAUGGAGGAGCUGGUGAGCAACCAGAAGCCGCCGUCGGCGGAGGCCAAGGUGGUGAAGGCGCAGCUGGAGGAGCAGAAGCUCCUGAAGCGCCUGCUGGAGGAGCGGAGGCCGUGUGUGGAGCUCGUCCUGCAGGACAGACUGACGGCACAGGGCUCGGUCACGGCGGCGCCCGAGGGCAGCGCCGGCCUCUUCAGCCUCGGGGAGAGGUGGGACAAGCUGAUGCAGGAGGCUGAGGCCAGGUACGGCUGCCUGGAGCGGAUCCUGCCGGCGGCCCAGGCCUUCCAGAAGGCUGUAGACGCCUUCCAGGAGUGGCUGGGUGCCACAGAGAGGCAGCUGGCCCAGCUCUGGCGUGCUGACGGCUGCGUGGGCCGCGUGCAGGAUGCCCACCAGCAGACCCAGGCCCUCUGUGAGGAGAUCCGCGGGCGGCUGGGAGAGCUGGAUGGUGCCCUGGAGAGCGGGCAGCGCGUCCUGGAGCUGGUGACAGGGGAGGAGGCCCAGCUGACGCAGGAGAAGAUGGAGUCACUGAGGAUGCGGUACCUCAUCGUGGGCCAGAGCAGCGCUGACACUGCUCACCGGCUGGGGCAGACCCUGGAGGCCUCGUCUCGCCUGGGCACGGCCCCUGAGGACCUGGCGCUGUGGCUGAGCCGCAUGGAGAAGGAGCUGGGCGAGCAGGAGAGCCAGCAGGAUGGCCAGGAGCCCGCAGUCACUGCCAGUGACAGGGAGAAGUUUGAGCAGGUCUUGGAGUCCCAGCUCAGCCGUGUGGCCGGGCUGGGUGAGCGGCUGGAGGAGAUCGGCCGCGUGCAGCUGGAUGCUGAGGCUCUCCACUCGCAGCUCUCCGAGCAGAAGCUGCUCUCCGCUGAGAUCCUGCACUGCCGGGGCCUGGUUGAGCGUCUGCUGGGGUUCUCGGAGCCGCUGCUGCGCUGCUGCCCCGAGCCCCUGCAGCAGCGCCUUCAGCCAUCGGUGCAGGCGCUGCGGGAGCGCACGGAGCAGCUGUCCCUGCGCAGCGGCGCCUGUGCCGUGCAGCUGGAGCACGCCCAGUCCCUGCUCACCCAGUUCUCCGAGGCCCUCGAGGAGCUGCUGCCCUGCUACGAGGCCUUCAAGGAGCAGCAGGCGCUGCUGCAGAGCCUGCGGGAGGCCAUCGCCGAGCACCGGCCGCUGGUGGGGAAGCUGCAGCGCGUGUCGGCGCAGCUGCUGGAGCUGAGCCCGGAGCAGGGAGCCCCGUUCCAGCGGCGCUGGCAGGAGCUGGAGGAGCAGUACGGCCGCAUCCGCGAGAGCGUGCGCCAGGCGGCGGCUCUGCUGGAGGAUGCCCUGCCGCGGUACAGCCAGCUGUCGGAGCGCAUGGACCUGCUGCUGGAGUGCCUGGAGCGGCUGCAGAGCCGGCUGCAGAGCCAGCCCCCCGUCCGCGGCGACGCGGCCCACCUGAGGGAGCAGAUCCGGGAGAACAGCCUGGCCCUGGGCGAGCUGGAGAAGCUCGGGGUGGCCCUGGAGGGGAUCCGAGCGCAGGGCGAGGAGCUGCUGGCCACCGUGCAGGCGGUCAGCUCCGAUGCUGCGGACAGAGGGAUCCAGGAGCGCACGGCGCAGCUGCUCUCGCAGUGGGACUGCCUGCGCGGCCGCUGCCAGGAGCGGGAGCGGUGGCUCCGGGAGCUGCUGGCACUGGCCGAGCGCUUCUGGCAUGGCCUGUCUGAGCUGGCCGUGGCGCUCAGCGACACCCAGCAGCUCGUGCUGGGGCUGGAGGAGGCCGGUGGUGAGCCCGAGGCCAUCCGCACGCAGCUGCGCACCAUGCAGGCCCUGCGGGAGGAGAUCGACGCGCUGCAGGGGGAGCUGGACACGCUGGGCAGCCUGGGCGUGGAGCUGAUGGCCUCCUGCGGGGACCCCGACAAGCCCGAUGUCACCAAGAGCCUGGACGAUCUCUACUCCUCCUGGCACAGCCUGAGCCGGGUGUGGACGGAGCGGAACGGGCGCCUCGAGGAGCAGCUCCAGGCCACCCUCAGCUACCAGGACACCAUGCAGCGGCUGCUGGAGUGGCUGGAGGCGGCCGAGCUGCGCAUCGCCGAGGAGUUCCUGGUGGGCGGCGACCUGGACAUGGUGCAGCAGCAGCUGGCGGAGCUCAAGGAGUUCAAGCGGGAGCUGUACCAGUGCAAGGUGGACGUGGAGAGCCUGCGGCACCAGGGGGGCACGGGGCAGGGGGACCCCCCGGCCACGCUCUGCGACUUCCGCCAGCGCUGGGACCACCUGGAGGAGGAGAUCGUCAGCAGACAGCACCAGCUGGAGGCGGCGCUGCUGGGGCUGGGGCAGUUCCAGACCCAGCUGGCCGAGCUGCUGCAGUGGCUGAGCCGCACCGGGGAGCAGCUGCGCGGCCCCGCGCCCCUGCGGCCCGACCUGCAGAGCUGCGAGAUCGAGCUGGCCAAGCACAAGGUGCUGCGCACCGACGUGAUGUCCCACGCCCGCACGGUGCAGUCGGUGACCGAGGCCGGGCAGGGGCUGCUGCUCUCCAGCCUGGGCGAGAGCGUGGAGGGGCUGCAGCGCAGCCUGCAGCAGCUGGAGCAGCACUGGGAGCUGGUGCGCAGCGAGACCGAGAGCCGGCAGCUGGAGCUGGAGAACAACCUCAGCCAGGUGCAGGACAUCACGCUGGAGAUCACCGAGCUGCUGCAGUGGCUGGAGCAGGUGGAGCUGCAGCUCUUCUGCUCCAAGCCGGCCUGGGGCCACCCGGAUGCCACCAAAGAGAAGCUGAACGCGCACCUGGAGCUGUGCCGGGAGCUGGAGGCGCGGGCCGGUUCCUACCGGGGGCUGCGGGAGCGGCUGCAGCGGCUGCUGGACUCGUGCCGCGCGGGCCGGCCCUGCAGCACCGAGCACAGCCUGCGCCUGCUGGAGCAGAAGUGGGAGAGCGUCCAGGCCGAGGCCCAGGAGAGGAAGGAGCGCCUGGCCGAGGGGCUGACGGUCAGCACCGAGUUCCACGGCUCGGCGCAGGAGCUGCUGCGCUGGGUGGCCCACGCCGAGGAGCUGCUGGGGUCCCCUGCGCCCCCCAGCUUCGUCCUGGACACCGUCACCGAGCAGAUCCAGGAGCACAAGGCCCUGGUGAAGGAGGCGAACGCCCAUGGGGAGAAGCUGGGCGGCCUGGAGGCCGUGGCCGCGCGCCUGAAGGAUUUCAGUCGGAAGCAGGACGGGGCCGUCAUCCAGAACCUGGUGCUGGCAGCCCGGGAGAGGCUGGGCAAGGUCCUGCAGCGGGCAGCAGAGAGGGGAGCCGUGCUGGAGGAGGCCCGAAAACGCAGCAAGCAGUUCAGCGAGUCCCGGCGGCUGCUGCUGGACUGGAUGGACGAGGUGGAGCAGAGCCUGGAGGUGCCUCAGGACGCUGCCACCAGCCAGGAGGAGAUCAAGUGCCAGCUGGCUGAGCACAAGGCGUUCCAGAAGGUGCUGCGGGCCAAGCGCCCGGUGUACGAGGCGACGCUGCGGAGCGGGCGGGCGCUGCGGGAGGGGGCGCGGCUGCCCCAGGACCUGCAGCCGCUGGAGGAGCUGCUGGGGGAGCUGAAGGAGCGCUGGGAUGCGCUGUGCAGCCGCGCUGCCGAGAGGCAGCACAAGCUGGAGGAGAACCUGCUCUUCUCGGGCAAGUUCACGGACGCGCUGCAGGCGCUCAUGGACUGGCUGUACCGCGCCGAGCCGCAGCUCAGCGAGGACGCGCCCGUCGGGGGGGACCGAGACCUGGUCGGGGACCUCAUGGACAAGCACAAGGUGUUCCAGAAGGAGCUGGGCAAGCGCGCCAGCUGCAUCAAGACGCUGAAGCGCUCGGUGCGGGACCUGACGCGGGGCAGCAGCAGCGUGGACUCGCAGUGGCUGCAGCGGCAGGUGGAGGAGCUCAGCACCCGCUGGGACCUGGUCUGCAAACUCUCCCUGUCCAAACAGGCUCGGCUGGAGGCGGCGCUGCGGCAGGCGGAGGAGUUCCACAGCCUGGUGCACUCCUUCCUGGGGCGCCUGACCGAGUCGGAGAAGACCCUCAAGUACGGAGUGUUCCCCGAGGAGGAGGCGGCCGUGCAGGAGUGCCAGGCCCAGCUGCAGGAGCUGAUGCAGUCCCUGCAGUGCCAGCAGCUGGAGCUGGAGUGCAUCACCUCGCUGGGGGAGGAGAUCCUCAGCACCUGCCACCCCGACUCCAUCAUCACCAUCAAAUCCUGGGUCACGGUCACCAAGAGCCGCUUCCAGGAGGUGCUGAGCUGGGCACAGCAGCAGGGCGAGCGGCUGCGGGCGCAGGCGGCGGCGCUGGCGGCCGAGCGGGAGGACACGGAGCAGCUGCUGGACUGGAUCACGGCGGCCGAGGAGGCGCUGGGGCUGCGCGACCAGGAGCCGCUGCCCGAGGAGGCCGAGCAGCUGGAGGAGCUCAGCGCCCAGCACGCGGUGUUCAUGGAGGAGCUGAACCGCAAGCAGCCUGACGUGGAGAAGGUGACCAAGAGCUGCAAGCGGAAGCUGGCGGUGGAGCUGGGCCCCCCGGCCACCCGCCGACUGGCCACACGUCGCCGCAGCGGCGGGAAGGCGCAGGGCACGGCGGCGGCGCCGCUCGGGGGGCUGGAGCCGCAGACGCCGCUGAUGGCGCAGCUCCUGCACCGCUGGCAGCAGCUCUGGCUGCUGGCCCUGGACCGGCAGUACCGGCUGGAGACGGCCCUGCAGCGCCUGCGGGAGCUGGAGGAGUUCGCGCACUUUGACUUCGGGGUCUGGAGGAAGCGCUACAUGCAGUGGAUCAGCCAGAUGAAGUCCCGCGUCCUGGACGUGUUCCGCGGCAUCGACAGGGACCAGGACGGGCGCAUCAGCCAGCGGGAGUUCAUCGAGAGCGUCCUCGCCUCCAAGUUCCCCACCAACGUCCUGGAGAUGAACGCCGUGGCCACCAUCUUCGACAUGAACGGCGACGGCUUCAUCGACUACUACGAGUUCGUCAGCGCCCUGCACCCCAACCGGGACCCGCUGCGCCGCUCCGCCGACGCCGACCAGAUCCAGGACGAGGUGAACCGGCAAGUGGCCCAGUGCAACUGCGCCAAGCGCUUCCAGGUGGAGCAGAUCAGCGCCAACAGGUACCGGUUCGGGGAGUCCCAGCAGCUGCGGAUGGUGCGGAUCCUGCGCAGCACCCUCAUGGUGCGGGUGGGCGGCGGCUGGAUCGCCCUGGACGAGUUCCUGGUGAAGAACGACCCCUGCAGAGUGAAGGGAAGGACCAACCUGAAGAUCAACGAGAAGUACCUGUCCUCGGACGUCUUCGGAGCCGCUGCCAGGUGCGCCGGGACCCAGUCGGCCGCCUCCUCCAAAGUGCUGUCCCCGAGCCGCUCCAACUCCAGCCUCAGCCUCUACAGCAGCGCCUCGGCCCCCAGCAGCCCCCUGGCCAGGAAGUCGGUGCUGCGGAGGACGCGCUCCGGGGACCGCUGCCCGCGCUCCCGGGGCUCGGGGCUGCCCGACGGAGCGGAGCUGCAGUUCAGCGCGGCUGAGGAGAGCCUGCCUGUGGCACCCCCAGAGCCGCCCGAAGGGUCCCCUCCGGAGCGCUGCAGCCCCUGCCGCUGAGCCCCGCGCCCGCCCUGCGCCCAGCACCUCGGCCGGCCCCACUCAGGACCCUCCUUCCUCCACGGGGCCGCGCCCCCCGCGGGUCUCGGGCCCGGCGCUGCGGCCCCCCCGAGCGGGGCUGAGCUGGACGGCCCGCACCGAUCGCGCCGCCGGGGCCCGUUCCAGAGGAUAUGCAAGCAUCUCCCGACAGCCAGCGAGACCCGGGCUCCCGCCCCGCGGCUCCGCUCCCAGCGCCCGGGGCUGCGGGACCAGCCGGGCGCCCCCUGCCCUUCCCCCGUGCGGCCGGCUCGGUACCCCCCGGCACCGGGCCUCGCUCACCGGGGUCCCCGCGGUGCCUCCCACGCCCCGGCGGGAGGCGGCCGGGCUCGGUACCGGGCACCGGGCGGAUGCCGAGCCCCGUUUCUGGUGCUAACCCUCACCCCUCGGCCUUGGGGGUGCUCCGGCCGCCCCCGGCCCCGGGGGUCCCGUCCCGCCGGCGGCACCGGGGGCAGCGCGACCCCCGCCCCGCCGCCGCAUGCCCGCGCCACCCCCGCUAACCGGAGAGCAGUAGAGCUGAAUGUAACCCCGGCCGGGCCCGCCCGCCGCCACAAUAAACUGUAGUGAGGUUCCUUUUUCUA